AUGCAGACUCGGGCAGUUCAGGUCAUCUUGCUCAUAUGUUCGUUGAUCUUGGCCAUCAUCAUUCUCAUUGCCUCAUCGAAAUAUGGGGCAUGGUCACACGAAAUGGUUCCGGGGCCAAGCAAAUGGCUACCCCUAGUGUUCUACGUCGGAACCAUCCCUUUCUUCUCCCUCCUGUAUACGGUCUCUCAUCUGGCAGCCUUGCAAUUCAACGGGCUCCCUUCCCCGCCAUAUCCCAACGGCCGUAGCAGCAAGCUAUGGUCCGCAAGACAAUCGACCAGUUCUGCGCCAUACGACGCGCACUACACGGUGACGACGACGUUCUUCAUCCUGUGCGUGUCUAUCCUGCACACGCUGAUGUGGUUCGCCCAAUCCGUCUUGUGCACGUCCUGCGAGCUGGCGCCCAUCCUGGCGGGCCACCAGGGCCAGGUGCCGGCGUGGUGUCCGCAGUCCCGGUUCCACGACACGGGUAAGACGGGCCUGGCGGGCAUGCUGGGCACCCUGGCGACGGUCAAGGAUCUUCUGCAGUGGGUCAUGUUCGUGCUCGCGGCGGUGCUGGUCGAGUGCGCGCGACGCGAGUGGAUGCGUGCCGAGCACGUGCGCAGCCAGCAGGUGCGGCUGAUGGGCGCCGGGGUGGACUUUGGCGGCGGUGCCCGAGCAGCAGAUGGCUUCGACAGCGACUUCUCCAAAAAGCCUAUCGGAGGAGGAGGACGCGGCGUCGAACUCACCAACAUCUCCGGCCCACGGCUCGUCUUUCGAGCUGAAGAGGAGGCGGCGGCGGCAGCGGCGGCGGCGGAAGCCGCGGCGAAGCAACAACAACGAGCCCGAGAACAGGAACGGGGACAGGGAGAGUCGCGUCGGCACGACAAACCGCUCCCGCCACCACAGCGGCCCCAGCCGACUGUCCUGCCUUCAAGCAAGAAAAAGGACAAUUACUACGGCAACGGCAUGGCGCUGCAGAGGAGCGGGACGGUGACGCUCAAUCACAUGUACGAGUCGCGGGUUUGA